AGUGAAAGUAAUACGAACCAGAAAAAAAUCGGUAGUACGAUUUGCUUAUUUCGGUGCGAACACAGCAAAGUAGGAAGUUAUCACAGAUCGCUUUUAGUAUAAUGUCACUUGUCAAACCAAAAUAAUAUCCUUUCAUUUUAAAGUACACAACUACUCUGGCAUCCCAGGUAUGUGAAUCUACUUUAUAAAUAACAAACUAGCAUGACGGCGCACUUUAAAUAUGAUUAAAUAAUAGCAUGUAAUAGUAUAUAAAGGUCUACGCAGUCGACUAAACGCAUCUAUCCCGGUAGACUGUUGUUGCGUUCGCCGUUUGUUCCUUCCGGUAAAAAUGGUGCUUUCAAUGGACAGGUGGGUGGACAAAGUGGCUAUAGUGACGGGAGCCAGUUCCGGCAUUGGAAAGGCAAUUGCUGAACGAUUGGUUGAACAAGGGAUGAAGGUAGUGGGGGUCGCUAGAAGGAAAGAUCGUCUAGAUGAAUUAGCACAAAAGACAUCUGGCAAAAAAGGAAAAUUAUAUCCAAUACAAGGAGAUGUGACCAAGGAAGAAGAUAUUAUGAGGGUAUUCAAGUGGGCGAAAGAUAACCUGGGACCAGUGCAUGUAUUGGUCAACAAUGCUGGUGUACUUUGUAACUCUGCAAUUGAAGAUGGGAAGACGGAAGAUUGGCUACAAACUAUUAACGUUAAUGUAGUUGGAUUGUGCAUGGGGACCAGAGAAGCGAUCAAAGAUAUGAAAGAGCACAACAUCGAUGGACACAUCUUCAACAUCAAUAGCGUUGCAGGACACUUCGUUUUUAAUUAUCCAAAAUUAGAAAUUUACACAGCAACAAAAUAUGCGGUCACCUCCUUAACAGCAUCUAUGAGGCAGCAACUGGCGAACCAAAAAUCGAAAAUCAGGUUGACGAGUAUUAGUCCAGGCUUGGUUGACACAGAAAUCGUUGCGGGUCUAGAUUUGAGUAUCACAACUGGAGGUCCACCGUCGUUGAAGUCGGAGGAUAUUGCUGACGCCAUAGAAUAUGCUUUAUCGACACCACCACAUGUACAGGUCCACGAAAUUAUGAUAUGGCCAACUGGAGCGCUAUCAUCAUGAACGGCAUCCAUUUUCUUAAGCGCUUUAUGUUUACUACAAUUACAAUGUUAAGUGUUUCAGUCAUAUGAUCAAGUGCCACGUUAUUCGAAUCAGUCUCAGUACACCGUGUUACUGCGAGUAUAUUCACACGAUUCGUCAUGACACGAUUUUUUUGCCCCAGUAUUCUUAAAAUUUAAGUACAUCAGUAUCUUCGAAUUGUAAACAUUCAAUAAUAUGUCGCAUAAGAUUGUUAAUUUUUAAGCUACUUAACAAUAUUGUCUUCCUAUGUGCUCAAAGAACUGUUCUGUUUUGUUGUACAAGUGCGAAGUAUAAAUACUUAUUAUAAAUAUAAAAGACCGUUAUUAUCCUCACCACUUUAUAAACCUGCCUUGCCGUUCAAGAUCAUUACCAGCAAAUUACUAAUAUUUAUUUAUUAUCCCUCGUAGAUCAGAUUAAUGUGAAUAUAGUUUCAAGAUAAACACACCAACAUCGCUAGGUGAAAGUCAAUAUGUUGUUUAAUUGGGGGCACUGAACUUCAUCUGAACUUGUAAUCAGUAGCAGCGAUACUCAAAGAAUUUGUGGCGUUGCAUCCGGAUAUGGUCAUGG